AUGUCGAUCACAUUUCUAAAUCUUCCCGACAAAAAUGAUGACAAGUUUGUCAACUUACUCCAUCCCCCACGAUCGCCUACAGCGAACCUCUCAUAUACCGGUGUCAAUCUACAAUCUGAUGGAGACCAGCAACCGAGAGAAUGGUCUGCGAAGCGCCAUGCUUCCUACGCAUCAUUUGGUGAUCGAGGGACCACAGCGAGUGCAGGCAUAUACGGGUCCCUUAUGAGAAUCUGCCAGUACAUCAAACGUGAACCAAAUGAUUUUAGCUCGCGAAUGAUUGGCCUCGAAUUUACGGAGGGUGUGGGUGCGUGGUACGUGUACUGGCGAGCAGCAAAAUUCCUGGACAAGGCGCAGGACGCUGUAAGUGGCUUCGGGCUCAGACUACAAGAUGUAACAACCCAUAUGUCACCGACCCUGGAGUUCUUAGCGGACCGAUGGCCGGUCAUAACGUACAAAGAUGAAAGAUACGAAGUUAAGGUCACGCUAUGGUGCCAGCAGGGCGUUGUCGUGCAACAGAUGCGGAUCACGAGGCUAGAGGCCCUAUCGAAAGAAAUACAACUCGCUCUGAGCCCAAAUUUCGCCAUUCAAGAUUUGAAUUACUUAGAAAAGAAGAAGAAUCUUCCGAUCAAAUAUCAGAGGGCGCCACACGGAUUUGGAAUCAUCGCUCUAGAAGAUCAAUCCGACUUCCAAAUAGAUCAAGAACGAGUUUGUGUACUUAUUGGAUUAUUCAAAGACGGCAUUGCACAAGAGCUGCCACUUGGAGAUUUCAACACAAAACUGCAAAACGGAUCGGAGAUCAUGAUUCCUGUGAAGCAUGAAUUUGAGGAAAAUACAAAAUCAGUCGAGUUCACUGCAACUUUCAAAUUGCAACUAACAACACUGGAGGAAGACUGGAAGUAUUUCAUACUUUCUAGCGCCAAGUUGAAUUGCGAUACCCAGAGCUCUAUUAUGACAGCACCUUUCCCUGGAGAUCUGCAGUUGAGUUGGCAUCUUUGUCGUAACCUAGAACAUAUCAUGUCAGUCUGCAGCGUUCCACUUGAGAUGCCUGCGGCGGAAGGCACUCUAUUAUCAACACCAGGGAAACAGUUAAACGGAAGAAGCCCCAUGAUCAUCUUGAAUACACCUGACAAUGGGAACCACACGAUUUUUGAGAAUCAAUCGCCGAAAGAUAAAACGGUUCCAGUGGCCUUGACGUGUGGAGACUUUGGUGACCAUCGAGUGUCUGUGUCUGGUAGUUAUUUUGCAUUCAUGUUCAUGCUAGAAAUGCACGAUCGCCUUUCCAGUACCCCAGUCGUACGCCAAAGAAUCCACGAUAUCUGCAAAGGCCAUCUUCAAUGGGUGAAACAACUGAAUCUCCAAGAAGCUUUAUCUGCAAAUCUCCGGGUGGAUGGCCGACUUAUGGCCGACUCAACGUUGACGGAUCUCCCGCCCAAUAGUCCUAUAAGUAUACCGAGUCACAUCAUCAAAGCAACACAAUAUCUAAAGGUAUUUAACCAAAUGGCGGACUUUGAAUUUGUUUGCAGUUGGCUAGACGAUCUCAUCACAAAUUGGCUCAAACACCUUAUGCAAACCAAGAACCGCCUAACACCAACGUGGCAGCACUCGACCGACUCAGAGAUCCCGAAGUAUCGCCUAAGCGAUCAAGUGUGGAUAUGGAAAGCAUUGAAGGAUAUCGAAGAACUAAUUGAGAACAUUGAACGAAACCAAGAUAUAAUGGCUCAGGGUACGCUACAAACAUUUCUCAGAAUCAAAUCUCAUCUUCCUAGCAGGAGUACCCGGAAAUCAAAUAUCGGCCGGAUUCUGGAUUUCACAGCAGAGGAAAUGCGGAAACAAAACCUGCGACGCUUCACUAUUGAAAAUGACAUACUAAAGAAGAGAAUGCUCAGUGUUACCCGUUCUACGCGAGAAACUCGCUUCCUACUGCACUCGCGCGACACCGUCCUGUAUUAUGGGAUGGAAUGGGGAUUCUUUCCAGGAGAAGAAGCAAUGUGGCAACAAUUGAUAAACGUACAAAUCCAGCAUGAUGAGGAUAGUAAUGACGAAGCACAGUGGGAUAAUCCACUACGUUACGGACUGGCAUUGGAGAUGGCAGGUUACAACCAUCAGCUCGAUCGUAAUUUUCUGCCGCUAGAGAUGGUCACUCACGCCAAACAGGUUAUUAUCGAUUCAUCAUCAGAGAAUGGGCUCUUUCCAGGCCAAUUGGACGCUUUCAGCAAGGGGCCAGUACUAUUUGACCGUGAACUGUUUCGGGACUUUUACUUCCACGUUGGAUUUGAGGUUCCUUAUAUUCUACUCCGAACAGCAAAAAAGACCGCGGUAGUGAAAUUAGAUUCGGAAACGAUAAUGGAGAAUGCCCCGGGAAGCCCAAUCAGAAGUCAGUCUCAGCAAGACGAAGUGCAUCUAAGAGGUGGUGUUCGAGUACCACGCCUACAGAAUUGGGCGCGCGACCAAUCCCCAAACUUCAACGCAGCACCUGAUGGUGCCACACAAGGUUAUAUUAGUCUUCAGCCAGACGGAAGAGCUUUCGUCGUUCAGAGAACUUUGAAGCGACAAAACCCUUAUGGUAGACUGAUGGAUCUUAAUAACAUAGUCGACAUUCCUGAAGAAUGGUUAUAUGGGUAUCCUGACUUUUUGGACUUCAAGCCACCAAAAACCCUAGCAGAGGUCAAUCAAACCUUAGGGAAAGCUCCAGUAAGAAUGAAUAACAGCAGUUUUGGGUUGGUUGUGGAAGGAAAAUACCUUCCUAGCGACAGUUGUUACGUGAUUAUCGAAGACGUUCGCAAGGGGAGAAAGUAUCGAAAAUGGGACUCUGAGGAAAAAUCCUGGAGUCAACAAUGCUUUACAUACACCGACCUUUGGCAUCGGCUUCAAGAAAAACGCAUGACAGACUUGAGCAAGAAACGGUUACUUUAUCUGACAUCCGUUGACUACACACUGGCUGCAAUGUUUUAUGUCGCGUCUCCCGAGGCUGAACGAAUGCACAUGGCUCGAUUUUUUGAUCGGCAUGCCAAAGUUGAUGCAAAUUAUUUGUACGACGAUACCACUGCUAGUCUGAAUACAUGGGUGACAGAGGUUCAUUUUCGAUUCUUUCAAGCCAGGAAUAGCGAGGCUCCAGAGCUGAACCAACAGCGUGUGCGACAGCUCAAAUUCCAGCCAUGCCGUAUAUUCGGCCGUGACGCAUACUUGGUAGAUGCUGUCAUUAGCUUUCGGAUUGUAGGGGAUUACUUCGACCGGUAUUGGACAUGUCACCUCAUUCAAGAAACCCAAGACGGAUGGAAGGCUACGUUGGAUGUAAAAGAAUACAAGGAGGAUACGCACUGGCAGCAGAGAAAAAUCCUCGAGCUAUUACUUUUCAAUAGAAUACUGGAGGAAGUGUGUAGUAGCCUGGACAACAUCUUGAAACACAUUGAAAGGCCACGGUCCAGCAGUUCCGAUGCGACAGAGCGGUACUUUUCAAAGGACAGAUUCGAAGACAGAAAGCCAGAAGACCUUCGAGAGUCCUUUCAAAUCCUAGUUAUUUUGAAAAAUAACGUUACACGCCUUCAAUCAUUAAUCGAACAAUGGACCUGCCGAGAGAGCUCACAGGGGCGAGAACGGCCGCGCUGGACACCAAAUGACGAACAAAAGUAUCGAAAAUCAAUCAAACAGAAACAGGCCCAGCUAGAAGACCAUAUACGGGAAAUAAAGGCUAGGAAUGCACGCAUCGAAUUUCUGAUCACGCUGGUGACCAACGCCGAGGACACAAUUCGGUCGAAGAAAUCCCUGAAAGAGGCGGAAAACAUUACUCUGUUUACCUAUGUUACUGUCUUCUUUUUACCCGUGGGACUGGCAGUCAGCGUUUUCAGUAUGAAUGGUGUUCCUGAUCACAACGUUAUCACCUAUAUGGUUAUUACUGCCGCAGUGGCUUUCCUGAUAACGGCCAGUAUCCUGUGGUGUAUGCUCAGUCACUUGAUAGCUACUCGUGCGAGUAACAUCUUGGACUACAUCCGUGGCCAGAGUCUUCCGCAGACAGCUAGAGACCAAGUUUCCACAGACCAGCAUUUCAACGCAAGGCCUUUAUCACCAUUACCAAACAUACAGCCAACAAAAUCUCUACCGCUAUUCAAACGACGACGAAAAUCGAGAUUGCGAUUAGAGGAUCUUGAAGACCAGAAAUUGUAUAUCGAGGAAUAA